AGUUCGAUCGACUCCACCCACUUCUUAGCAAAAAAUGGCCAAGUCUCUACGACAAGGAAACCAUUAAAUAUUUAUUUAAAUAUCAGUCAAUUAAUAAUAUUUCAGGUUGUAUUUUAGAUGCAUUAAGGACAGAUGUUCUAGUAGACGACAACAUCGUUGUCCCAACUGCUAUGUCCCACAGCCAGACCGCUGCCAUGAGCGGUCACAUGACCAUUCAUGUGACCAGUCGUCGUUUUGCACCAUUUUGAUUAUGUUCCAAUUAAUUAGACAUUUCUUGGGAUAAGCACCAAAUGUAAUCAUCUCAGCAACACUUUAGAAUGGAUAUUGCUGAAAGUAUGAUACAGCGUUUUCGUGUUGGAGGCCGAAACAAAACUAAGUUUUCUCCUUCAAAGGAGGAUAUUCUAAACACGAUAGAGCAAUUUGGAGGUAAGACAGUUGGAGUGGAUAGUUCAAGUAAUGGUUAUAACAACAAUAGAAUUAACCAGCGUAUCCAUAGCAACAUAAUGGACAACCAAGAUUUAGCAAAACUGGACUUUAUUGAAAAUGCCCAACCACUUGGAGGUAGUUUUACACACUCUUACAGCACUGAGUGGGAACGAUUGUUCGGGAAACCUAACUUUUUGAAGGCUUUGCGGAACCAUGGCUUACGUGGAAAUUUACGAAGUAGCAGAUUUCGUAGUAUUUGUUGGAAGCUCUAUUUAGAGGUUUUGCUUGAAGACAAAUCAAACUGGCUGAUAAAGACUAGAGAAUGGCGGCAAAAAUAUGAUGAUUUAAAGAAUAAUCUCAUAAUAAAUCCACGCAAAGCUGUUGACUCUGCCCAUGACUUAUCUUUGAACAAUCCACUGUCUCAGGCUGAAGAAAGUCCCUGGAAUCGCUUUUUUCAAGACAAUGAAUUGCGGCUUACCAUCAAGCAAGAUGUUAUCCGAACUAAUUUUCGAAGAAUGAAGUUAGGCACAAGUUAUCCUCGAAUAGAAUUUUUUCAGUCUAAUCAAGUGCGAAACAUGAUGGUUGAUAUUCUGUUUAUUUAUGCCAAGCUGAACGUUGACUUGUCCUAUAGACAGGGUAUGCACGAGCUUUUAGCACCAUUAAUAUUUGUACUACACUGUGAUCAUCAAGCAUUCCUUCAUGCGUGUGAAAUAGAAAGUAUUGGCCUUACACAAAUUACCGAGAGUGAAAUGAUUCGAGAAUUGAUGGAUCCAAUGUUUUUAGAACAUGAUGCUUAUGCUAUGUUCUGUCAGGUAAUGGCAACAGUAGAACCUUGGUAUACAACCAAAGAUGCUCCAACACCUAAAGGUAAAGAUAUUUUUAAUGUGCAACCAUUUGCUAGGCCUCAAGAUUUGAAUCCUUCCAAUGUCAUAAUUACCAAACUUACUCGAAUUCAAGAUUAUAUCUUAAAAAAAUAUGACGUGGAGUUACAUUUACAUCUUGAACGACUGGAAAUAGUCCCACAAAUUUAUGGAAUUCGCUGGGUGAGACUUCUAUUUGGCAGAGAGUUUCCAAUGCAAGAUCUAUUAAUGCUGUGGGAUGCCAUUUUUUCUGAUGGAAUUGGCUUUGAUCUAGUUGAUUAUGUAUUUGUCAGCAUGUUGCUAUACGUACGUGAUCUAUUACUAACCAGUGAUUAUCCAAACUGUAUGAACACUUUAAUGCGAUACCCUCCUGUUGGUGAUGUACAUUAUUUUGUUGACAAGGCCCUUUAUCUGCGAGAACCAAAUCAAUAUCCUAAACCUCCAGCUUACAGUUACCAAACGGUCAACCAAGCCCAGCCUAGCAGAAAUAAAGUUUCUACCAACAACAAUGCUUCAGCUAACAAAUCUCGCAGCUCUGUGAUGACUGGCUUUUCUUCCUUGACUCGUAAGAUCAAUAACCGUCCACGAACUCUCUCUGUAAGAAAUAGUCCAAAAAAAAUGACCAAAUCGUCCAGUGAGCCAAUGAAUCUUCAAACUGACAUAUCUCCAGUUACCCCUCCUUGUCAAGAGAAGAGAGGAUCAACUGCAAGCCUGUCCAAAGUAGAGGAUACAAUGCUGCGAUCAACCCCUUCAGCAUCAAGCUUAAUGCCUCGUUCUGUGGCUUCUACUCCUGCUGGUUAUAGUCCAGAUGAUAGUCAUACUAGUAGUCCAACACGUUAUGCUUCCUUGCCUUCAAAGGGACGAAUGAAAUCAAAGAGAACCACAAGACAUGAGCAAGAUAUCAAUACCAAGAUGGCUUAUGUUCAAGGUAAACUGAAUGAGUUUGAAGCAAUGUGCAAAUAUUGUGCUAGUAAACUAGAUAUUCACAUUGAAAAUUUACAAGACAUAUUACAUGCACAAACACUUUCUGUAGGAGAAGAUGAAGUAUUGUUAUCAAUUGCUGGAGUAAAACAGGUACGAGAUAUUUUGAAAGGAACCUUGAAGUUUUCACGUAAUUUGUUGGAUGAAGAUAAAAUUGAGAUUACAGAUAAUCACUACAGGGAGGAACCUUGUAUAUUGACACCAGAUUCCGAUGUAGUUGAUUCCGCUGCUGCUGCUGCUACACAUCGAGAGAAUGAACUGUUUGGUCGAGCAUCUCUCUAUGACUAUAAAAGAAUGUCUCGUUUGAAAGGGGUUUACAGUAAUGACAACUCACCAUCUCACAUGAAUGAAAUAACUAGCCGUGAAGUUGAACUUGUUUCUUAUGUUCCUCAAGAUCAAAAUGGCGCUGCCGAUCCUGUGAAUUGUGUUGAUGCUGACACAGGAGCCUAUCAGAGGACUAGACAUUCAGAAUAUGGCUGUCAUUCACAUCAAUAUGAUACAAACACCAGAACUUCAUGAAAAGUUUUUUUUGUUUUCUUCACCAAUUUUGUUUUAUUACUUUUCAUGGUUUCUUAUAAACUUGAACAGAUGGCUUCAUCAUUUCUAAAGUAUCAGUUCCUCUAUUGUUCUUUUUUUUUUUUUUGAAAAAAGAUUCAGCAACUUUUUAAUGUUUUCAAAAUGAAGGUAUUUGUUAGAGUUUUGAUCUUAAAAUUAUUUAAGCAGCAUUAAAAAUUUUAACUGGUAUUUUCAUUUAAAUUUGAGUAAAAAUACAUAAUUUUUUCAUGUUCUACAAUUGUUGUUGGUACAGAUGGGUCUUAUUAAAAUGGUACACAACCAGCUGUAUCAGUUGUAUAAGUAUGCAAAAUGAAUCCUAAGUUAAAUUGUAAAACUAUGUUUUGUUUUUCUUGGUCAUGGAAGAGAAAAUAUCUAUCUUGAUAAAAAAAAAAUCCUUGUGUUGUAUCUCUAGCUAUUGUUAAUGCUUCAACCAAAGUGUGACAGUAGCUAGCUGUAGAUUGUUGUAUUUAUUAAACUUGGUCUAAACAUUUAUUAAAUAUGUUCAAUGCAAUGAGGACCCUCAUUGAGUAAUAAUAACUAUAAACAAUAUGCCUUUGCUUUGGUUUAAAAUGUGUGAGCUGGCUCUCACUGUUUCCUUGUUAUGUGAUUGAUUUACUCUGAUAUACUUGUGAGCUGAUGUAAUAAAAAAAAGUCCUUAAUAUUAUUUGACUUAAAUUUCCUUGCACAAAAACUUUCUUUGGGGAAAUUAGUUUAAAUUUAAUAUAAAGAUGGCCAGUUUGACAGCAGAGUUAUUAUGACCACUUCAAGUUGCUUUUUAUCUGUGUUAGAAGUUAGCAAUGAAAUGUUUUGUGUCAGACAUAAUCAUUUUGAAUUUAUGAAAUAUGAAGCAAUAUUACUAAAAAUAUAAUUUUAUAAAUAAUUUUUUUGUGGGAUGGGGGAAGAGGGAACAAAAAAUAUGAAUCCAAAUUUGAAAAAUAAAAUAUGAGAGUACAGUAUAUUUUUUAUUUAUUCCACAGCUGAUAUAUAUAUAUAUAAAAUUAUUCUCAUUUUAAUAUCUAUCAUGUGAGCUAUGUAAACUUUUUAAUUUUUAUAUUUUAUUCUAAUGCCUUUUAUAUUCCAUGUUAUUUCUCAUUCAAUGAGAAUAUUUUCCUAUGACAGCAAAGAUUUUGAUAAUUGCUUCAAGACUUCUUGGUUAAAAAUUUGCUGUGAUUUUAAGGACAGUCUGUUACUUUUGGAGGAAAAUUUAAAUUUAAGAUGAUAAAAUACUCUUGUCUGGUCUGAUGAUCUUACUUCAGAUGCUCGAUGUUUUGAUAUUUUAAUUGCAAAAUGCUUCGAGUGAUCUUAAUUUAGUUGUCUUGGCAGUUUUUUAUUAUUAUUAUUAUUCUAUCAUAGUUCUGCUGAAUAUGAAUUACUGGAUUUGUAAUGUGGCUCAGUGAAUACAUUAAUGGAAUGGUAGAAAAGAUUGGUGAAUAUGGUGAAAAUAGAUAUAAGGGGAUGGCGACUGAAGUAUAGAUAGGGCUGAUAGACCAAGUGAAAAGUCUAUAAAACAGGAGUUUAAUUGAUAUGAAAAUGAAAGAAGAGGCACAACAAUGAUUAUUGACUAUUAGGAGAAAGUUCUGAAGGAUAUAUAUCAUCUAUCAAUUUAUAGAUAGAUAGCUAAGUGGAUAAGACAGUGUGAACUCUAAAUUGAGACCUUGAUUAUUUUAUUUUCUUUGUUGUCUGUCUAUUCCUAAUACAACUGAAGACUUAAAAGACAAUCUGCCAAGUAAGAAUUGCAAAAUCUAAAAUCAAUUUCAAGUGAAAAAUGAAAUUUAUCAUUUAAACUUAGAGAUAAGAAGAAAUAAUGUUGAAUUCAGUCAAAAACUUCUGCAAAAUGUUAGUUGCAAUGAUGUAUAGACUUGAGUUAUUAUGGUUAGCUGAAUUGCUGUAAAGAAUUUGAGAGAGAGAAUUUGUUGCCAUGGAAUAAUUUUUGGUGCCUCACUGUGUUGUAGUGACAAAGUAUAGUAGAAUAGUAAAAAAAUUAUAAGAGUACAGAGAGAUAACUUAGAAUAUUUUUUACCAUGAGAGUAGGGUAUGAAUUGAGGGAAAUUUGACUGCUAUUUCAAGACUAUUGAAUAUUAAGGAAUAUUUGAAACCAUUUUCAUAUUUCAUUACAGUGUAAGUACUUUUAACCAUAUUUUAAAAAUUAUUUCAGUUGAUAAAUCACUAGAAAACAAAGAAGAAAUACAAUACUUGGAGUAAACAAUUAAAAUAGGAACAAUUAUAGUUUACUUUUUUUUUUUUUUUUUUGCAGAUUAAAAUAUUUUUAGCAGUUUGAAAUUUUGUAAAUCAUUUUAUUUACUCUUAAGAAGAUAUCUUUUUAGAGUCAGUAAUUUUCCUUAUUGACUUUUUGAAAAGAUUACUGAAACUUAUCUUUCAGUAUAUGAAAAUGGUUGUUUAAAGUGCUUCAAGACUACUUCUUGUUAAGAGCAAUCAUCAUUCUAUGUCCACUUCACUAUCAUUCCAGCUAUAAAAGCAGUUGGUUUCUUCUUUCCAAAUACCAAGUUAUUUUUAGAAAUGAUACUUUUUUAAAACUGAAAUGUCACUAGAAAUUUGAUGUAUCCUUUUGCUGUAAUUGUUGUCAACCUGAUUUUAAAUAUCAAUGUAAUAACAUUUUCAUCUCUUUGUUUUUAAAAUUUUUUUUUAUACAUAUAUAUAUUUUACAAAACAUUUCUAAAAUUUGAACAACUAUAUUAUUCAUAUGAAUAAUAUAAUUUUUUUUAAAUGUGAAAAAUAUUUGCCUUUAAUCCUUAAACAAAAAGAAACUAAACAUUUAUCCUGCGGGUCAGGUGUGUUGUAAAAAUUUAAAUGUGCUAUUUAUAUCAAGUUUUCAAAAAAAAACCCCACAAAAAUAGUUGUCAAUGUUUUAA